AUGGACCGACCGACCUUGGGUUCUUUUCCAGCCAUGGACGAGACGGCGUCGCUCUUCUUCCAGCUUUCUCCCCAGCAAUCCCUCCCGCCUCGGGUUAACGACAUUCCCGCAGCCGCUGAUUGGCUGCGAAGCUUCGCCGGCCACAGCUGGCUGGCUUACGGGGCCGGUGGCUGCGUUGUAAUCACAACCGCUCCGUGGCUCGUGCACGGCAGCGGCGCGCGAGAGGACAGCCUGCCACGUGGCGCUCGUUUCUAUCACCAGGUCCUGGAACUCCCGCCGUCGCUCAAUCCAGAAUCUGCUGACGAGGAUCCCGCGAACCGCUCAUUCCCCGUCUUAACCAACAUCUUGGCUGUCCAGAGAAGAGCAGAAGGGGAAGCUGCAAGGAAAUUACCGGCUGUGGAGGAUAGGGAUCAGGUAGCCGUUGUGACAUGGGCAUCACCAGAUAGUACCUUGGCGGGCGUUCUAGCUGCAGCUAAGGGAACAUGCAUUUACCUCUUCGCUCCAAGCUGCCAAGAUAUCCCGCUCUCAUGGCGGCCCGCUCAGCUGAUCCAGUUCCCUUCCAAGGUCACCUCCCUCGCAUGGACUGGCUCGGCGGACGGUCUUCUGAUCAGCGGCGAAUCAAAUGUCGCCAUGUGGCACCGUUCGAAGAAGAAGCAGCAGAGCACGGCCCUGCUGCAGCCGCUGACGUGUCUGUGGCAGGUGCAAACAAGUGUCGCGCAGGGACUGGCCGCGACCUCGCUGCAUGCAGAUGGAUUCGCUGCUACUGCUGACGUGGCAGGAGAUGGAGGAGAAGGAGGUGGAGGAGGAGGAGCAUUUGGAGGAGUGGGGUCGGCAUGGGGACGCCCGAAGGGCAUGGCGAGGGUGUGGUAUUACUGGGGAGGCAAGUGCUCCUUUGAUGCUGAUGAUGAUGCGGAGGGUGCAAGCAGACAACGAUUAGCCAAUGGGACGAGUCAAGGGGUUGUGCGUGGGGAUGGAGAGGGUAUGAGGGAUACGGAGGCUGAUGUAGGAGGGGAUGAGGAGGGUGCGGAGGAGGACGGGGAGGAGGAUGAGGAGGAAGAUGAGGAGGAUGAUGCUGUGUCUGUUGUUGAUCUGCCACACCCCGCACCUGUGCUGGCAGUUCAGUGGAGACCACAAGAUGCAGCCUCCCAGCUUUUGUCCUCUUCUGGGGUAGGUGCAACUGGUGCCGGUGCAGCUGGAACAGGCGGAUCAGGUUCGGCGCCGUACCACCGUCCGAUCCUGCUGACCUGUGCUGAAGAUGGCACGGUGCGGCUUUGGAUGGAGAUUGACAGUGGCAGCAGUCGAACCAAAGCUGGAGGCUCGGCAGGAGCGGCAGGUUCGGGGAGCCGGGCCGGGAGCAGAUUAAGCUCGCCGAAGCACCCUGGGAGCAGCAGGUACGGGAACCAGAACGAGAAUCCGAACCUGGAGGCUGGGUUCGGCCAGAAGGGAAGGAAGGGGAUUUUGAGGCAAUCAUCUGAAGAGGGGAGAUGGGCGCCCCCGCCUGCUUUCUUUGUCUGUGCUGUUGUUGACGGGAAUAUGACUCUUGGAGGGAGAUUGGGGAUGGAUAUAUCUGUGCUGUGGGCAAAGGAGGUUCGGGUGGGCGAUGGGAGCAAGACUGGAGGUGACGUGGCUCCCUGUGAGUGGCUGGUUGGCGUGGGGCCACGUGGCACUGUGGUUCUCUGGGCGGUGUUUUGCCUAGAUGACACCCCUACCACCCACCUCAUUUCAGCCAUAGUCCAAAGAGUCACCGGCCAGUCGGGGAGCCCUCCAAUGGCUGUCGAAAUUGCAGAGAAGCUGCCCGGAAGCUUCGUGCGCUGGUCCCGCCUGUGGCCGCCCGUGCUAGCAAUUGGAGCCGGGGGGAAGCUGGGGCCCAGGAUUGGUGGCAGCUCCACGGAUGGGCAUGGGGCAACAGGGGGGGUCGGAGGAGGGGUGCAGCAUGGCAGGCAUAGAGGGGCGAUCACAGAGGUAGCCGUUCACCCAGCACCAGGCUUCCCUCUUGCCGCUACCUUAGAUGCUCAUGGUAACACUCUCCUAUGGGGCCCUCGUGCCCCUCCCUGGCUCCCUCUCCUCACGGAAACCCCAGAAGGUGCUUCUAACGAGUGGGUUUUGCUGGGUUCUCUUCCACCGGCUGUUGCAGGCAGUGGUGGAAUCGGAUAUGAGAGGGGUUUUGCACGGUUGGCAUGGGUGCCUGUGCUGCUGCCAGGUGGCGCCAGCAUACUGGCUGUUGCGGGCACGGGGAGUGUAGAGCUGUAUCUAGUGAGGCGCGUGUGUGAGGGGAGGGAGGGAGAGCAUACAGGGGGGAGCGAGCAUCAAGGGGAGCACAGGGAACACAGUGACCAUGGGGUUCAUGGAGGUGGGUAUGUUGGCGAUGGAGAGGAGGAGCGUGCAGAGUGCAAAUGGCUGUGCUCUCUCACUCGCCUGAGCGCAUCCCCGGAAGCACCUGCAGAGGAAGCUGCAGGUGUUGCCACUACAGCUGCCGCUUCAGGUGCUGCUACAGCCAGUCCGUUCCUGGGUGUUGCCUGCCUGCCUCACAUGCCCCACUCUGCUGCCCAUUCUGCAUCCUCAACUCCAACCAAUUCAGCAGCUGCUGGUCUGGCCAGGCCAGGCAGAGGAGAGAGGAGGGGGAUUCGAGUGGUGGGUGUGCGGCAGGGCGGGCUAUGUGUGUGCGUGUGGACUGUGGAGAUAUGCAUUCAGAGGGGUGAGACAAGGGUGGUCGUGCACACACAGACGGAGUCGGCGGGAUGUAGGGCUAUCACUGACGAGGGGAAAGCAGGGGAAGGCGAGGAAGGAGCGGAAGGAGUGGAGGGAGCAGCAUGGGAAGAGAAUGCCGUUGGCUGGCUGGUGGGUGUGGUGGGUGUUGAUGGUACUUUGCAUAAGGGAGGAGGGAAACAUGCCGCUGCUGAUGGUACUGGGACUGCUGGCAGUGCUGGUGCAUCUGGUUCUUCUGAAUUGCAGGCCUUGCAAGAGAUGUUGAGUCGAAGGGGCUGGCUGGAGGAUGCUGGCGGUUUGCUUUCAGGGGCAGGAGCUGCUUCUGCUGCUUCCGGGCAGUUUGAAUCUGGGCAGUUUGAGUCUGGACAAUUUGGAUCCGGGCAGUUUGGUUCUGGGCAGUUGUCUGCCCGUUUUGAGCUGCCCAAGGGGAAGCACGCAGAGGAGAAGGAGGGUUUGCCUUAUGAGUUUGCUGUUGGGUGCAGCGAUGGGUGCAUGCGAUUUUGGAAGGAGACGGGAAUUGAGGCCGCAACCUUGCGGUUGUGGCUUCCCGAAGCGGCAGGUCCGGGGCUGGCGCGCAGGCUCGGCCCGUGGCUCGGCCCUGCAAAGCAUGACGCUGGCAGCAGUGGGGGACGGUUCACAACAGGAGAGGCAGGAGGAGUAGCAGGAAGUGAGAUAACUCCAGAAGGAGGCUUGGGUGCUGGUUCGGAGGAUGUGAAAGUAUCCGCGCUGGUUCGGGCGCUGGACGGCAGCGGGCGGCUGCUGCUGUCCGAUGCGGUGGCAGCAGUGGCAUCAGUUGUCCCUGACUACCACCCAACGGCUAUCUGGACUCUACUCAAUCAGGGCCUAGUGCCUUCUGCACGGGCAUGCAUCCGCCACCUCUCCCGCUCCCUCGCUGCAGCGCAAGCCAAGGCUCACAGUCAACAGCAGAUCAAGGGUUUCUACUCUCAGACCUGCACUGGUUCUUGCAUCUCUCCAUGUGUCCCCUAUUCGCAGCUCUGCCUCCCUGAAGCCUCCUCCUCUGCCUCCGGUGCUCUUGCCUCGACUGCUGCUGGUGGUGGGUCUGCGGCUUCUGCUGUCUCAUCCGGACGUUUGUCGGGGGGGUUAGGAGGAGAUUUUGGUGGGUUUGGAGGGGGUUUCAGUGGGUUCAGCAGCGCAGGAGAAAGCAGCAUGGGAAGCAGGUCUGGUGGGGGGUUUGGGGGCGCUGGAGGGGGGACUAGUGCUAGGGCGAGUAGUGGUGGUGGUGGUGGUGGAGGUGGCUCCAAGCAAGCGUAUAAUCCAUUCAGUCUCGUGAACUUGAGAAGUGCUUUGGACGACAGUGAUGGGGAGGAGGAGGAGGAAGGGGUGGGAGUGGGUGGGAAGAGAGGGGCAGCAGCGGCUGGAGCAGGAGAGAGCGGCAAGGGUGCUGAUAGCGGUGGUGGUGGAGGAGGGUUGGGAGUGAAGGGUGGAGGGGGAGGGGUUGUUCCUCCUGCAGUGUUGCGGUGGCAGCAGCUGCAGCAGCGGGUGCUGGUGGGGGGGCAAGCGCCCUUCACAGAGGCCGAGGCAACAGCCAUCUUCCAGGUGCUAUCUGAGGCAGGUGGGACCUGCAGCAUCAGCACCACCUCUGGUGGUGGUGGUGGUACACGGGUGGCUGAUGUUCGGUACACCUGUGGGUUGACAGCAGCGGAGGCGGACAUGGUGGUGGUGUUAUUAGACGUGCUUGCAGCCAUGGAUGGGGUGGGCGUGAAGGAGGAGGAGGCGCUGCAGCAGCAGCCCGAGGGGGGUCUACCAUUGGCACCAUCGUCAGCAGCAGCAGCAGCAGCAGCACCAUCAGCAGCAGCAGCAGCAGCGUCGGUCGCGCGAGCAGUCACAGCUUUGGAUGAACCAGGAAAAAGUGCGGUGGAGUGUGGUGGUUUUCUAACGCCGCUGGUUCUGCACCCUUGCCACCCGCUCCAUCUCUUUCCCUCUCUUACCGCACCACCCCUUUCCCACCCCUCCCACCGUCAGAUGGAGCGAGUGGCGCGGGCGCAGUACCAGCAGAGGCGGGAUCCCAAGGACUGUGCGCUGCUCUACAUGGUGCUGGACCGCCGCUCCGUGCUGCACGGGCUGCUCAAGCUGAGCCGUGACGACAGGGACAAGAAGCUGGUGGACUUCCUGGGGAGGGAUUUCACGGAGGAGAGGCACAGGGCGGCAGCGUUGAAAAAUGCGUACGUGCUCCUUUCGCAGCACCGCUUUGACCUCGCAGCCACCUUCUUCCUCCUGGGCGACGAUAUCCCCUCUGCUGCCUCCGUGUGCGCGCGCAACCUCAACGACCCCCAGCUGGCGCUCGUGCUGUGCCGGCUGAGAGAGGACAAGGCGGGGGCAGCGGCAUAUUCAAAGGAUGUGAUUCAGCGCCUGCUGCUGCCAGAUGCUGUAUCGAAAGGGGACACCUGGAUGGUCUGCACGCUCAAGUGGCUUAUGGGUCAAAAGCUUGAAGCCCUACAAGACCUUGUCCUGUCCUCCCACGAGAACACCAACACUCCCUCCCUCACUCGCUCCUCCUCCUCCUCCACCGCCAACACUGCCAGCUCAGCACUCGCCCCGUCCCACCCUGCCACAUCAGCAGCCGAGCCAGCUGGCGCUGAGGUGGCGGCGUUCUGUGCCACAGUGGCACGGAAGCCCGGGUUAGGGGAGGAGACAGAGGCAGUGCAGAGACUGGCGGCAGUGGCAGCAGUGGAGGCAGUGAGUGGGAGCGACCACAUGGGUCUUGUGCUGCAGUCGGUGCUCGAAAUCACCAAGCAGAGGGGUUCGGGCUCGGUUCAGAGUGGUGCCAGUCAGGCGCAGAGCGGUGCCAGUCAGGCGCAGAGCGGUGCUGGUGGGCUCAGUGGUGGGGCGCUGGAUUUUCAAGGCAUGAGAGUAGGGUCGGAUAGCAAUGGUGCUGUAGGUUCGGUUGAAGGGAGGGGCGCUGGUUUGAGUGAGCCCAUAGGGACAAUGGUGGGGAAGGCAGUAGGAUCUGUGCCAGCGGUGGUGGGGGAGGGAUGGGUGGUGCCUGCAGUGGUGGCAGCAGUGCAAGCUGCCAAGCUGCGCCAGCUGCUCAAGCAGAGAGCUGCUGCCUGCCUUGCCGCUGCUAGUAUGGCGGAUGGAGUGGUUAAGAGUGGUGAGGGAGAAGGGAGAGUGGGGGGAAGGAGAGGAGGAGGAGGGAGAGGAGGAGAGAGCAGGGGGGUGUGUGAGGUGGUGGAGGAGGUGGAGGCAUGGGCCAAGCACUGUGCGAGCGAUCACACUGCUGCCCUCGCUGCUGUGAGUCUCUUUCUCCCUCGCUGCUGUGAGUCUCUUUCUCCCUCGCUGCUGUGA